ACCACCACUCAUCAUCUGGACUCAUAACAAGAGAGAGAAAGAAGAGAGAGAAUUUGCAAUUCUCUUUCCCUCUUUGUCUGUCUGUGUUCAGCUCUUUGUCUGUCUGUGUUAAGUCUUGAGUGUGUGUUCAAACUCCAUACAGCAAAAAGAUGACUUCAGGAAGCUUUGCUCAUCUUACUCUUGCAUUUGGCCUUCUUGGCAAUGUUGUAUCAUUCAUGGUGUUUCUUUCCCCAUUACCGACGUUUUAUAAAGUUUACAAGAAGAAAUCGACAGAAGGGUUUCAAUCGGUGCCGUAUGUCGUGGGAUUAUUCAGCGCGAUGCUUUGGAUAUACUACGCGUUGCUUAAGUCCAAUGCAAUGCUUCUCAUUACCAUUAACUCCGUCGGCUGCUUCAUCCAGACGUUCUACAUUUGUUUCUUCCUCAUUUACGCACCGAAGAAGGCCAGGAUCGAAAGCGUGAAGUUAAUCGUGUUGAUGAUAGUUGUUGGCUUCGGAUUGAUCGUUGCCCUGACUCAGUUUCUUGCACAUGGGGCUACUCGGGUCGCGAUAGUUGGAUGGAUUUGUCUUAUUUUCGCUUUGUGCGUUUUCGUAGCACCCUUGGGCGUUGUGCGACAAGUUAUUAAAACGAAAAGCGUUGAGUACAUGCCGAUUCUGCUAUCGGCUGCGCUCACCCUUAACGCUAUUACAUGGUUCUUUUACGGUCUACUUCUUCACGACUUCAACAUCGCGAUUCCAAACGUACUUGGCUUCACCUUCGGUGUUGUUCAAAUGAUCCUUUACUUUGUAUACAAAAACAAGAAGCCGGUUAGCGACGAAAAAGUGUCGGACGAAAAAGUGACGGAAUUAGAAGGGAAGAACUUGGAAACCGAAGAACGAAAAAUCUCGGAGAAAAGAGAUCAAGAGAUCAUCGACGUCGUGAGACUGAGCGCUUUAAUGUGUUCGAUUCCCGUCGUCACAAAACUAAACGAGAACGUGAAUGAUAUCGUCCACGAUCAUUUGGUUGUCGAACCACCUCAAGCACCCGUAGCUCACGCCAUCGAAGUUGCGGCGUGAUCGAUCGAGCUCGAUACAUAUCAUCGGUUUUCAUCCUGAUUGAUGCAUGGUUCGAUCGUGCAUCAUGCAGAUGGAUCCUUGUGGUUUUCUUGAUUACUACUUGAUUGCAUUUCCAUCCAUGGUUUAAUUAGUUGAAAAUUAUCAAACCU